AGGGUGCGUGACUCAGAGCUAUAGGAUUAACACCCUCACUCUCGCUCACACGACACUUUCCUGUCAAACACAGAGCGCUGCGAUCCAGCUUUACAAACUACACAACAACAUGACGACUCAGUCUACUAAAUCUGGUGUAGACAACAUCAAAAAGAGAACAACGUUAAAAGACAACAGCUGGAUCAGACGGGCUGCAGAAGAAGAUGAACCUGUCGAUUAUGAUCCUAACUUUGGUAAAGCAGUUCUGGGUCGCCUGAAAUCAACGGAUGAUGCAGACAGUAAACUAGUGGAGACCAACCAAACCCCUCCAGUGAAGUCUGGGACACCCGUCAACUCCUUAACCAAAAAAUUUGGUGGCAGUCAGGAUCUGCUCAAUAAAAGCAGCAUCACCACAACAAAGAGUAAAAACAUUGUAAACACCCCGACAUCACCUUCUAAACCACCAGUGCCGGCCAAGAAUCCAGCGCUCAAAACAUCACCAAACCCGUCCAGUUUCACCGCUCGAGUGUUUUCAGGUGCAAACACAAGCAACAAGACGUUAAGUCCUGUUAAAAGAUCGUUCGGUGAGAAGUUUCCAGAGGUCACAGUGUCACAAACUGCCAAUGGACUAGAUAAAACCACCAGUGCUGGACCCUCGUCACCGGCCCCAAAAGCUGCAGUUGUACCAUCAUCACCACCUGAACCCUCAACCAAAGUCACAUCCUCUCACACUGUAAAGAGUGCUGUGAUCACAACACCUGUGAGUCAACCAGCUGUAAAGAUCUCAACAAGAAAUGAAACAGUGCCACUCUCUACUAAAUCCUCUGUACCGGGAUCACCUUCGUCACAAACUGCACCUUUAAAGAGUGAACCAUCGUCACCAGCUCCCUCGACAACAUUCAACACAUCUACAAUUGUAAAGAGCACGACCCCUGUGAUUCAACCAGCAGUUAAGAGUUCAACCGGAAAUGAAAUCACGUACUCCUCUCCGACGGUGUCGACUUCCUCAAAAACUUCUACUAAAACGACUAUCACAGACAUCCAAACAUCCUCUCCGAUGCCGGAAGAGACUCGAACUAUAAAACCUUCAGAGAGAUACUCACAGAGCUUAAAGCUCAGUGAUGUCAGCACUUCAACUUACACGAGUCCAUCAGCUGUGACUGUAAACACACGGAAAAGCCUUCAGAGUUACAGUGCUCCGCUGGACGAUCUUGCUGACACAUUAUUCCCAACACUGUCUGGAACUGUCCAAUCACAACCCGUCAAAUCACAAACUCAAGUGAAGUUCAUUGAUAAUCAGAUUCCUGCUGCAUCACAAACGCUGUAUUCACCUGUACAAACAACACUGAGACAGUCCAGCAUUAACAGGUCUGUUAGUAGCCGGGACGUUUGUACAGUGUGUGGUAAUCCCAUCGCUGGAGCUCCAAGAAUGAUUCUAGAAGAGCUCAACCUUUUCAGUCACACAUCCUGCUUCAGGUGCUCAGUGUGCAACUGUAUUCUUGGGAAUCUGGAGGCAGGAAAGAGUCUGUGGGUUCAUCGGGACAGAGUGAACUGCUUAAACUGCUACAGUAAAAUCAAAGGCCAGUGGUAUGCUUGAGACGGCUGGAUAUGAAUCUAAACGGAGACCGUGGGACAGAUUUACUAAAUCAUAGUGGAGAAACUAAUUCAGAGUUUAUAAAUUGAUCCAAAUAUUUCUGAUCAGAAAUGGCUUUGUUGCUAGUUAUGAGAAACACAUUUAAAGCAUGUACAUGGUAGGGAUUAGAAAGUGAUCUUCAGAUUAUUCAUGGGUAAAGCAUUAAUUAUUCAUGAGCACAUACAGUAUAUAGAAAUAUACAAAUUUAGCCUGUUCUCUUAAUUUCAAAAUGUGUCACUUCCAUUCAUGUUAUGUCAGUAGAUAAAUUAUAUCCACACAGUAAAAGGAUUCUGUUUCUGCA